AUGAAGAAUCUGGAUAAUAAAGCAGAUUUUAUAAAAUUAGCUAAUGAUUUCAUAAAUUUUUUCUCGUCGAAUUCUCAGGAAGAUUCAAUGAAUAAAUCAUACGAAACUGCAAAAAGCGCAUCGACUACAAACGACAAUGGACAAGGAAUAAAAAGAGAUGUAUGCGAAAAUUUUACAAAAUUAGAUCAAAAAUAUGCAAAUAGAGCUUACGUUUUUUGUAAAAAAAUUGAAAGAAAUUUUAAGAAUAUAUAUAUAUCCAAAAAAGAGGAACGUAAAAGGCAUUGCUUACAUUAUAAAUACUGGGUGUAUGAGUCAAUUAUGAGCAUAUUUUCUGAUGCAACAGAUGAUGUAUAUAAAAAUGUAAUUGUAAAGAAAUAUAAUGAUUUAAGAAUGUUCCUUACAGAUGGAUUUAUUGAUUAUAAAUGUCAAUACUAUUUUUCCGGUAAAAAUAUUGAUGAAAUCGUAGAAAAAAUAGAAAAAAAAUAUUUACACGAUUAUUUUAACAAUUAUGAUAUUAUUAAGAAGAUUAUUAUAGAAUACAAAGAUGAUAAGCAGGAUAAAUGUAAGGAAUAUCUUACCUCCGUUAGAAGUCUAUAUGAAAGGUAUAAAAAGGAGCAGUGCUAUGAUUAUUAUGAUUUUUUAACUAAUAACUGCGAUGAUUUCUUCAAACUUGAAGAUAAAUAUAAUCCUCAAAUACUCAUUAAUUUAUUACAAAAUCAUAAGGAUGAAACUAAAACAGAUGAAAAUACAAUGAAUACUGUAAAUUCCAAUUUAGAACAUAUAAAAGAUGUACAUUUUUCGUGUGCAAAGGGAUUUUAUUGGCAUAAUAAAAAAAGUCAUUAUAGUUUAAUAUGUGAAGAUAAACAUCCAAGUGAUGUAAAUUACCUAUCUAAGAGACAGCAAAUUUUUCCAAUUUAUCAGUUUGCUUUUAAUAUUUCCUUUCUGCUAGUGGGAGUAUUUAUCAUUUUUUUUCUUUUCUACAAAUUUACACCCUUUGGAUCAUAUUUAGUUAACAUGAGGAAAAGCAAAAAAAAAAACCCUUAUAAUCUCCAUGGAUUACAAACGAAUUAUUCCUUGAAACAUGAAAAAGCAUCUGUGAACAAACCUGCUAAUAAUAGAAGAACGCGAAUUUCUUAUAAUCCCAUAUAA